AUGGCGGCCACUCGAUGGGGAUGCCUGGUUCCGGGGAAGAUAUCAGAGGAUUUUUUCAUGGCAAUUAAGGAGAAUCUGCCCGCUCAGGAUCACAAGGUGUGUGUCAAUUCUGUCAGGAUGAGGGCUCAGGAUCACAAGGCGUGUGGUCAUGAUGUUUGCCUUCAUCUGCUUCUAUUGAACCAUUUCUUUGAUACCAGUGAUAGAAUACGUGUCAAAGGGAAACGGAAAAGCGGUCUCAUUAGUGCCCCGGAGUGUCCAGCUAAGCGACAGAAAGGUGUAAGACAGUAUCAUUCAUCAGACGAAUCCAAGAUUCUUGCGCAUUUUGUCGCGGUGGCGUCACGUGAUCUUGCCAAGGCGCAAACAUUCGCGGAUAGGUUCGGAUUUGAACGUGCAUACGAUUCGUACGAGGAAGUUGGCCAGGACAGCGAUGUCGUCUGUGUGUCUGGCUGUGUUUCUGUGUGUCUGUGUGUCCGUCUGGCUGGCUGCCUGGCUGCAUGGCUGCCUGCCUGUCUAACGUCGCCAUUUUAUGGCGGGGGCUUCCUGGACAUCGGGAUAUACGUAGUGCAGCUGGCCUGUAUGGUGUUCAAUGAGAUGCCGGUAUUCAUUACGGCCGUGGGAAAUCUGAUGGGAGCGGUGGACGAGAGUGCAGUGAUCGUGCUGAAGUACAAAGGUGGAGGGCUGGCCAACUUGACUUACCACACAGCCGCAGGCCUAUGA